AUGUUUGCGGCCUCAGAGCCUCCCCACAAGAAGAGAAAAUACGUGCCAGGCGGACCCGGCGGUGGUGGCAGAUUCAUUGACGACGAGGACAACGACAGCUUUGGUCAAAUUUCUGCUGCAGUUAGCGCGCCAAGACCGCGUACGACCACCCAGAUUACAUCACCUAUCAUGCCGAGACGAGAGCGUAGUUCGCGGAUCCGCACGGCGGCGAACCGCAGUGAGCCAGAUGAGAUGGAGUUUAGCUCGGCUGCUGCAGUAGCUGCAGCUGUUGUGCAAAGCGAAGGAUACAAACCGAGAGAAGAACGUGGAUGGGAAGAGUUUCACCCUAAUCUUGACAUCGAGGCCACUUUCAUGAUCUUUCACUCUGAAGACGUGGAUGGCAUCGCGAAGUCGACACCCCCGACUCCGAGUAGACACACACGAAGCACACCGAUGAACGGCGUGAGCACCCCAUCCAAAGAUGCCGCGUCGGGAAGUGUGGUUAAUACCCCGAAUGGUCUCAGCAAUGCUGGAGAUUCUCAAAGCAUGAUCUUGGAUACCACCCCCCGACGGCGCGUUGGUCGUCCGCCCAGGGAAUCCGCUUCGCUAUAUGCCAUUCGCCCCCCUGAGAUCAUUGCGACACCUAGGACACCCAAAGUACUACCAAUUCAUAAUCAGACGCCGAAGGAGCGGCUUGACUUGAAGCAGCCAUCGUAUCGAAAGACUGAUCGUAUUCUGCUCUUCGAGAGCAAGACGUUUGGUCAGGCGCGUUAUGUCGAGAAGGCCAUGAUGAACGUGGGCUAUCAAGAGAGUGACAACUUCAUCCGGCCGGAGCGUAAGCUUAUCAAAGCGAGCGACUCCAAUCUCGACGAAGAUCUCGAGCAGCUAGCAGGUGCCAAAGCAGAUGGUGAUGGUUCGCAGCCUGGCGCGUCAAGCCUUGGACGAGUCGAGUAUGACAUGGACGAGCAAGAUGACGUUUGGCUGGAGUCAUACAACACUCAGCGCAAAGCUAAUGACUUGGAACCUAUAACUCGAGAGAUAUUUGAAAUCACCAUCACUAAGAUCGAGAAGGAGUGGCACGCGCUAGAGAAAAGGAUACCCAAACCAAAUCCUAAGCCGCCACAGACCCAUCGACCGAGAUCAAGCUCUGCAGCUGCUGUCAACGGCGAGACGCAAGUUGGCGAGGAGCAGGACAGCAAACACUGCCCGCCGGAUUAUACAAAGGAGAACUCCGUCUCUCAAGCGACUAGGGAAGCUAAGCGCUUCUACAAGAAAACUAUGAAAGGUCGGAUCUGGGCUACCAGCCAAGCCUCUGCCCAACAAAUAGCCGCAACGCACCGUCACGCCAUAACUGAGCACCCACCAGAUGAAUCACAGAUGAUCGGGGCCAAAUUGAACGGCGGCCCCGGUGACAAAAAUAAGGGACAGGGAGGCAAAGUCUGGAAGCUGCCAUCCGGGGCCCCAGUUAUACCGCAAGCUGUUUUUGAUCUCGUCGAAUACGGCCUACAACGGUUCACACUACGCAAGCGCAAAGAAUUUGUUGGCGAGGCUUGUCGUUACUGGACACUGAAGCGUGAAGCCCGUCGCGGUGCCGCACUGCUCAAACGCUUGCAACUCCAGAUGGAGACAUUCUCGUCGAUGGAGCUUACUCGCCGCAACUUCGUCGCUAUGGGACCAUCUGGCAAGGCUCGCCUCCAGAGAAGAAUUGAAUUCGCCGAGACACUCAUGAAAGACCUUGAACAACUGAAACACCUCUCUGAAGACAUUGUUAAGCGAGAGGUUGAUAAACUUGAGCAGGCUGAAAUGGAACAAGAUUUCGUCGACACCACAUAUUUCCCUGUUUACAAGCUGUUUCUACCGGUCAUUGAGAAAGCUCAGCUACUUGACAAGAAUGUCUUUCAAGACGGUCUUGCAAAGAUGCAGACUCAGCUCGACGCACGAUUUUAUACGACCACCCUUGCCUUCGCCCAUGAUCUUUGUGAGGUCAUAAAUGUUGGCAUCAACGGUCCUUCUAGGUCAGCUGCAGCCCGAUCAAUAGACGCAUCGCCUACCAAGCAUAGCACGUAUUCAGAAGCCAGAGAUCGUAAGAGGCUUGGGAAACGCAUACUGAAGGCAGUGCAACAACAAUUAGAGUCGGCCUUACGCGCCGAGGCCGACAUCACCUCGAAACCUCUCGACACCCUCCUUAAAGAGCUUGAUGGCAUGAUAGAAGCGAGCCUGGAGCUACGACAACUAUCUUCCCUUGCUUCUCAUGGAGAGGUCGCCGCUGAAGCGAGUCAGGAUGUCAUUAUGGUCGAUGCCCCAAGCGAUCACCAAAUUACAGUUGCCGAUGGGGUGAAUGGGGAAGAUAAAGACGAUUCAGGAGACCCAAUGGACGUAGAAGAGGAUGCAGCUAGUAAAACCGACAAUAUCAAGGUCAAGACAGCAAGCCCCCAGAAGGGUGCUAAAGUCAACGGCACAACACCUUCCGGGGAUCUUGAGGCCGAUGGAGCAGUACAGAAGCCAGAUAUGCCGGUGACGAACGGAGUGGAUGCUGCAGAUACUCCGCCGGGAACGAACGGCUAUGUACCGGUCUCGAAUCCUACGCAAGCAGGCCCUCUUACACCUCCCCAGUCCAAUGGCAGUCUGGGCAGAGGACCAACAGAUACCCUGACGGAAGGCGGCAUCCCAUGGUAUCUCAAACCAUUUGACAUUGAAGGCACCACUGCGGUCGAGGAGCAGUGGGCUGGCCGUGAUGCCUUACGAGCUCUCAGCGAAGAGCUUACGGAUAUGGACGAUGACGAGCUGAAUGACCUUGAGUUUAACGUCGAGGACAGCACGAUCACCGCAUCCCCCAUCAAUGCAGUGUCAGAGUCAGCGCCGUCCUCUUCCUCCAAGAAGAAGGGCAGCGCCAACAAGGUUACUAAGCGGUUGAGGCAGUCAACCAGGAGACGAUGA